AUGGCUGAUUCGCCGACUAUGAGAGUCCCCGAGGAUGAUUGCGGUCCGAGAGAGGAUAACCUCGCAUGGACAGAAUAUUUUAUGGCGCUCGCGCAUGUUACAGCGAUGAGGAGCAAGGACCCUUCCACGCAGGUUGGCGCUGUUAUUGUGAAUCCUGACAAGAAGGUGGUGGGAAUAGGGUACAAUGGCUUCCCAUCGAUGGGUGAGAUCGAUAACGAUGCUUUGUUGAACUGGGGAAAGAAGGGGGAUAAGCCGAUCGAUUCGAAGUACUGGUUCGUCUGCCACGCCGAGAUGAACGCAAUAAUGAAUAAAAACCAACACGAUAUUCGAGACUGUGCGAUAUAUACCACUCUUUUCCCCUGUCACGAAUGCACCAAAUUAAUUCUGCAG